UCAUAAGGAGAAAAGUAAAAAGUUGUCUUCCCGUUGGUAAUACCAAAAUUACCCCCAGUACCAUCGAUAGUAAUUAUUUCAGAAAUCAACAAUAACAAAUUGGUAGUUGUUGAUCGAGUUCAAGAUUUCUGAAAGCGUUUUAUAUAGAUUUGUGUGCACGGGUAAAACCUAUCGAGACAAUUUCACGGAUGAACAAAAUUGGGAAAGUAUGUAACGGGUAUCCGAAGACCCUUGUUAAUAGGAUUUUUCAUGGUGCUGAUCGCCGAACUCCUCAGCCAAGUGUUGGCGCAGAUAAUGGAGAUAAAAAAUAUUUUAAACUGAUUUAUGUCCCACAAUUAAGCCAAAGAAUGGUUAAUGUCAUGCGCACAACAUCUUCUACCAUUGUCAGUUAUUAUAAAAAGACCGUAAAAUGCCUAUUUUCUCGACUGAAAAAUGAUGAUCCUGAUUUCAGGAAGUCGGGUGUUGUAUAUAAGGUGGACUGUGAAGAUUGUGAUGAAUCAUGGAGAAAUUUCAAAGAAAUGCUGUUCAUUAAGAAACACCCUUUUUCUGUUAACGCGCGAACCGAUAUUGGUUCAUUAAACAUCGCAUAUUCGAAACUCAUCAAUGAAAUCCAAAUCUAGUCUAGUUUUUCUAUACACAUGUUAAUUCCGUCAGUCUCCCUUGUGUUCUCAUUUCCAUUUAUGAACCCGAUAUUGAUAUACGUCAAAAACAUUGAUGUCCCCCAGAGAUGUUUAUUAUAGUAUUUAUUGACAACCACGAUUUUGAACAAUGUUUCAAAGGAAAAAAUCUAUUAAUCUAAUAUUCAUAGGUGAGCUGGUUUAACUUAUUUUUGAAAUGUCUGAAUGCUUGUUUGUGAUGAAUUGUUAGUUUUAAUUGUAGUGUUUAAGUAUUAAGUAAAUAAGAGUGAAAUAUACAAAUAUGUGUAAAUGUGGUAUUCAUGUUGAUUACUUUCUAUCUAGAGGAUUUUUAUUGUGUUUAUGUAACUGUCAUAUUUUUCAGCCUGAGGAAGAGACUAAAAGUCUCGAAACGUCGCUAAUUGAAUAAAUUGUAUAAAAACUGAGGUUCCUGGUGACUGAUAUACCCUUUCACAACAUAUAAUAUAGGAACGAUAUAAAAACCUAGUUUAAACUGUAAUGUUCUAACAUUCCAAAUUGAUUCAUGAUUAAUACUAUUGUCCUGAUGGAACCAUAUUUGUUUUAAUACAUACAACGUAUGAUCCUCCUCGAAUUAAUAUUAUUCCCUCAAGUCAUAUGAUCGUAUUUUUGCUCCAGGCCGAUCUCUCAUAUCAAUGCUGCAGUCGGUUAAUUCAUUUUUCCUUAUUCAUAAUAGUAUGCCGAACCGAAUAAUUACUCAUGUUUAAGGAAGAAAAAGACUCAUUUCAUACCAAGAAUUAUUAUAGAUCAUGUUUUAUAAUCCCUGAUUUCAUUAUUGUUUUUCAUAUUACGAUGACGCUCAUAUUCCUCCUGUUUUUCAAGUUCAGAAUGACCUUCCAAGAUAUUUGG